UAUCAUAUGGUUUAAUUGGUUAAAAGAAAUCCGGUUUUACUUCUUUCAAACAAAACUAAUAGAAGAAAAGGGCAUUACUUUCACUCCCAAGUUGAAAGAAUCUUGAAGGUCAGACAAGACAAGGAUUUCAGUGUAAAAUCAGCCCACGGCUCACACAUUAGCCUGAUAAUAAAUAAGUAAACAAGUAACUUCAUAAAGAAAUCCACCAGUUUCCUGUAAAGUUGAGCAACGCAGAGGAUGCUGCUAAAAACAGCACCUAACAAACUCGUCUCUGAUUAACCUGAUGAGCUUAAAGUCUUAGGUAUAAAUGCUCCUGUGUGCUUGUGACUGUGUUAAUGCACUUAAUGUGACCAUCUGCCACUGCCUCCCACUCACCCAUCCGUCUUAUGCACUGCACUCCUUCACCAACCCCGUCAGUUGUUUUGCUCCCUGGGUCUUUUGGUCUUCUGCUAAACUGCUGAGCACAAUCUGGAUGAAAAAGAACUAAAUCUGAGCUGGAAGUCGUGCAUGGAGACUGGACUGCAAGCGCAGCAUUGGAGGAUUACAGGGAGAGUUUUAGCACUCCAACUUUCACUAUUUUUUAAAACACAUUUUUAAAGGACCUUCAAGGUAGAAACAUGGGCUGCUCUCCAUCAAAGGGGAAGUUAUUUUCAAAAACCGACGGGCAGGGACACCAGAGAGAUCUGCCGACUGAUGCGCCACAGGAUCUGUUGGAAUCUAAGCCUGCACAGGAACAGGAACCUUGCUUAAUAAGGACUGAAGAGACAGAAAAGGAACUUCCAGUUCCUGAUGAAGAUGAUACCACUCGAGAGAUGACCCCUAACCCAGCUGUGGAAAGCACAGGGGAUGUUACUGAAGCCCAGGUAGAUCUAAAGCCUCAGGAAAUCCCAGAUGAGGUCAUACAGACCAAUAACACCAGGAACAUCGAGAAACAAAAGAAGAACAAAAGCAAAAGAUUUUCUGAGAAGCAAAGGAAGUCAUCUGCAAUCCACAGAAAGGUGGACUUCCCAUCACAUAUGGUGAGGGCUCACCAGGCUGCUUACUCUUUUCUAAACCCCAAUAUCUCCAAAUAUGAAACCCUUCUUGGCCUGUUGGACCAAGCUGCCCAGACACAACUGUCCCUGCAGCCCAUGAUGUCUGCUUUGGUGUUACGCUUUGAGGAGAUAAACCAGGCCCUGGAGGAGAUGGCUGAGGAAGGGGAGCUGAUGAUAAAAGAGCAUGGAGACUGCAUGGCUUUGCCCUCUGGGAUGAAGGGCCAGGCAGUAAGUGUAGCCGGUUCUGACUCAACGACACCCUUUGAUCCACAUCCAGAUCUUUUACAACAGAUGCUCCACCAGUCGGCAGAAAAGAUGAGGCUGGUUGGAGGCUCUGUCCAGGCACUGGGCGACACAACACUGGAGGAGGCUGUGGAGUAUUUUUCUUCCCUCUCCAAACUGCUUCUUCAAAAGCUGUUGGCCAAACGAGCAGCAGAACGAAGGUUGGCUCAAGUUCUUGCUCGAGUGGAAGGGGCUGCUAUGAGAAAGUUCAACCCAGAAGAUUGUGCCCUGCAAAGUGAGGACAGUGGAAUUGGGGGAGAAAAUGAGAGCUUGACUGGGUCAGAAAGGCACCGUCGCCAUCGUGGAAGUGCCGGGUCUGGAAGUUGUGGAUCUGGAGGCAACAUUCGUAUUGCCCUUGACAGUAUCUCAUGUAGCUUGUCCAACCAAGUAGGCAACAUUGAUGAUGAAGAUGAGGAAGAUGAUGAUGAGUUUGAAGAUGAUGAAAAUGAUAGGCCUGAGAGAAAAAGAUCCAACUCCUCCCCACCAGAUCCCUCUCAAGCUCUUCGCUAUGUGUAUGCCAACUCCAUGAGAAAUCUUCAGCACGCAGGUAAAAGUCCUCUGACUGCAGUCAAGUCUGAACAGUCUUCAUCCACCAGCUCUGAAAAUCCUACACCAGACUUGGAAGAAAAAAUAAAAGAGACGUCUGAAACAAAAGGGAGGAAAAGUUCACCAGGACCUUCCUCUAACUUGAUUAGAUCUGGAUUUAGACGGCAUUCCAUCAAUGGACCAGGUGGAAAAAGCCCAGUGAGAAGCUUACACUGCUCCAUACCAGUACUGGGAAGCCAACCUCCAAGGCGCCGAUGUGUCCGAAGACUAAUAAACACUUUUAGUCAAGGGGUUGAUGGGAGACCAGGACAGAGUUUGGCUAACAUUCCCCCUCACUUAAGAAGGCCCAACAAAAGUCGCAUUCUUCUGUUGUCUGGUGCAGUGAACAGUAAUGAGGGUGGUGUAAACAGCACUGGCAGCAGCUGGCCUGACAGCAGGGAUGAUCUAGACGUGGACAGCCUUCCACCUCCUCCUCCAGAGGUCCUUAUGGACAACUCCUUCCAGAGUACCACAGGCCGACUGAGAAAUGAGCAGUCACAAGAAAGUUCAGUCCGGGUUCUGCCAAUGAUAAACCAGAAGUCUGGAACAUCCCAACGCCUGAAGAUCCACAUGCACAAUGUGGAAGUGUUGCCAAACAAAGUAAAUGUCAAGUCAGAAUCAACCUCUACCUCACCUGCCCAACUUUUCGGUCAGGGGGCGGAUCAAGAAACAGAACCAGGAAGUGCAAAGAUUGCGUGUGAUACACCAGAGACUCUUAAAAUGAUAGCCGAACCAAACUGCAUGGAGCCUUCGCCCCCUCGGGAUCGAAUGGACCAGAAUCUUGAUAGCAACGAAUCUGAUCAGUCAUCUAACACUUUGCCUGUGAGAGCUCCCCCAGUCUCCAGGGUCCGCCUACCCCCAUCAUGCCCUUCAGUGCAGCACAGGUUUCCAAGUCCACCCGUGUUCAAACCACAGUCCAGCUCCAGGGCUUCAUCUCGCCCCGCUUCCCCCCGAACAGUAAUCCGGGCGGUCGAUAAAACCACUGAGGAGAUCAUUCCUUCAGUGUCUUUUCGAGACGCUCGCUCAGUUUUCUGCCGAAAUGAGCAGCAGAACUCACAGCCAUGUGUCCCCUUUGGGAGUUCUGUUCUUCCCAGACAAUGGGGGGAGUCCUGUCGAGGGAGAAUACCUACCAGAGGGGCACCAGAAACUCCAACCCGUCGCACUCAGUCAGAACAGCGACCAAGAUGGUAGUUUGAUGUCAAAUGUAAGGGCCAGGCGGCUCUCUGACUGCAGGAGGACGCAUCCCGUUGGAGGGAAGUCCUGCUGUGAGGACGUCCAUGAAACUGUUGUUGGCUGAUGCUGAAAGAGAAGCGUGUGGCGGGAAAGGAGUAAGAAAGAGGAUUAGAGGUUUAUCCACUUUCUCCUUUAUGAUAAAAGUCGUUCAUCCGGAGCUGUGAGUCUUAGAGUGUUUUGUCAUGAGAAUUCAGUCAAAUAAAUCAGUCAUUUCAUUUGUAUUAACAGUCGAGGUUAUAAUCUGUCUAAACUUUGAAGAAAGCUAACAAAUCAUCUAAUGUCUUGUCAAAUGAAUGUUAAACCCACAGAGCUGGGAAUGUCUUCUGCUGCUGAUUCAUUUGUUAAAAAUGUAUCUUACAUAAUUGUUUGUGUCUUUCGGUUUGUUUUGAAUGUCUGUAUUGUAACGUACUUUCGUUUUUUUAUGUCACGGUGGAAAUAAAUGGAAAAAGGGAAAUUGCACCGACUAUUUCACAUGUUUUGAUUUUUAUGGAGUGCAGUA